UUCGUACUUCCAAACCAUGCUCAUUGCACCAUGCAUUCAAGCAUCCAACAUGGUGCUAUACACUUUUGUCAGUUUAACAAAACAAACACAAAAAAACAUAUGCAGCGAAAGAAUUAAAAAUACUUUCACAGAAACGUAAAUAAAAACGCAACGCAAGAAAUAACUUUGCAAGUUACAGAGUUUCAUUAGUUAAUAGAAAUUGAUUUCAUUUGUUUCCUAGUGCGUUGUCUUUUUUGACUUCAACAAGAAGCAAUAAAAGAAGCAAGUGCAAAAGCAAAAGAGAGAGAGAGCGCACACACGAGGGAAACUAUCUGCAGCAAGAGUUUGUUAUUGUUCGGAUGCUUGAACAGUUUUCUACAAAAAAUCCAACUUGUUUCUAAUUUUACACUACCGAUGGACAUGGAAACGGAAUGCUAAACCACACAGCGAAACAGAAUCAGAAGCAACAUGAAUCUGCAAUCUUUGUUUCAAGAUUUUAAUCCCAGUAAAUUUGUAGUCCAUUGCUGUCUGUUCACUUUCACUAUAUUGUUCUGUCUCCGAUUGGACGGAUUCAUCGAUUGGCCCUACUGGGUCGUGUUUGUGCCGCUAUGGGUAUGGAAAUCGAUUGCAACGCUUGGCGCUAUAGUGGGUGCCGUUGUUUGGUGUCGCCAUCCACACUACAGAGUCGAAGGUGAUUCGUAUUCACACUUCAAAGCAAUGUUAAUAUCGCUUUCCUUGCAUUUGAUAUUGCUAAUGUUUGAGUUGCUUGCCUGCGAUCGGCUUACCUCCGGACGGCACCUCUGGGUGCUGGUAUUCAUCCCACUGAUAUUCGGUAGUGCGGCCAGCGUUGGCGCUUGUGUGUGGGCCGUGAAACACGAUCGCUCGUUCGAGCUCGAGCUGUUUUGUGCCGUCAAUGCGCUGCAGUUCGUGUUCCUACCCCUCAAGCUGGAUGGGCUCGUGUCGUGGAGCUGGGAAGUGGUGUUCGUGCCCCUAUGGAUUGUGCUCUGCCUUAGCUUGGUGGCUGUGCUGUACAGCAUCAUAUUUAGCGUCAUUUUGUUACGCACGCCGGAGGUUUCGGCCCAGCAGAAGAAAUCUGCGUUCUAUUCCGCCAUCGGGAACUGUGCCACCGUUAUUCCAGUGCUAGUGUUUCAGGUGCUGCUUGCCGAUAAGUUGGACGAAGAUUUGAACUGGCCAUACAUAGCCGUGGCUGGUCCGCUUUUGGUUGCUUUGUUCACACUGAUACUACUCAGUUUCAAUGCCAAAGGAGGGAACAAAUGGUGGUUUGGUAUACGGAAAAACUUUAGUCAGUUCCUGCUCGGUGUGCUUCCAUGUCUACAGGAGUACGGAAACAUAUCAUAUCACACGGACAGCGGUCAAACUGUGCCACUAGAUAGCGCCAACGUACAGAUGGACGAUUUCGAAAAGUACGACAAAAAGAGUAAAAAGGCACUCACGAAAAAGAAUGAUCAUCUAAAGCCCGUAGUACCAAUCGUUAGUAUAGAGCUACCAGAUUAAAUAGUUUAAACAUAGAAGAGGAGAAAAAAAAUUAGCUAAAUUGAGGCCACUUUAAAUGGCUUUCUUGUUUGCGUUUCGUACAGAUUCGGUUAGAUUAUUUGAGCAUAACGUGUCAUGUCUGGGAGUAGUUAAAAUCGACUAAAAAGGGUUCCCUACCAUUGCACUCUAAAUGCAUAUUUAUCGAUAAUAGUAGGAACUUGUAGAUGGCGUAUUUCGGAGAAGGUGCGCUAAAAAUCUCUCCGCUCGACGCGUUUACAAGGAGGGAAGAUGACAAUAUUUAAAUUAUAGAGAAAUGCGAUAGAUAGUACUAUAGAACGGUACAAUAUGCAAUGCCCGACAUUAUUGUGAAGUAGGAAGGAAAAUGUUUUAGCAUAGUUUUGCCAACAUCGUUAAGUGCGUACCGGUGGGUCGUCUGCUUACAGCAUCGUACAGCUGCAUGAAAGCUUUUGUAGGACAAAUUAUCGUAAUUUUUAUUCUCCUUCGAUCUGGAAUGUACGAAGCUUUUGUGUGGCUUGUGUGUAGAGGAGGUUCAGAUUCUAUUGUAAAUAUUGAUAGUAGCAAAUAUCGUUGUAACACAAAAAAAAACAUAUGAAAAAAGCUACAA